GAAUAAUAAGCAAAACAUGUGGGUGCGUUUUACUAAUUAAGAAGAAUUUUGGGGUGGCAAGUGAGGAAGAGCCACGGGAGCUAACUAUGAUAACGCGUCAAAGCUUGUCACUGGCGAGACAUCGGCGAUUGAUUGCAGCAAUUCCAAGCAAGCAUUCCACUCGCCGGACGUUUCUAUAAAUAGAGCAGCUAUCUGGAUAUGCGAGCCGGCGACUUCCGUUCUCUCCCGUUGUUCAAUUUCUCACUUCUCCGACGGAAGCCAUAGGAGCUGCUGACAUUCCAAACUCAACCAUGAGCGUUCAAUCCAAAGAAGAAGAAGCAAAAGAAGAAGAUGGCCGAAACGAAGAAGCCCACCGUCUGUUGUCCUCAUCUCCGUCGAGCGGCGACGACGACGACGAGGUAGCGUAUGAAGCGAGGGAAAAGAUCCUGAUCGUCGAUUUCGGAUCCGGCGAAGCCCUUGACGGCGGCGAUCUCUCCGCCACGCCGCCCUUCUCGUGGAAGAAGCUGUGGCUGUUCACGGGCCCGGGGUUCUUGAUGAGCAUAGCUUUUCUCGAUCCGGGAAAUCUCGAGGGCGAUCUUCAGGCGGGAGCGAUUGCGGGAUACUCGCUUCUGUGGCUGUUGAUGUGGGCAACGAUUAUGGGUCUGUUGAUUCAGUUGUUGUCGGCGCGUGUGGGGGUGGUGACGGGCCGGCACCUGGCGGAGCUGUGCAGGGAGGAGUACCCGUCGUGGGCAAGGAUUACGCUUUGGUUCAUGGCGGAAUUGGCUUUGAUUGGUGCUGAUAUCCAGGAGGUGAUCGGUAGUGCCAUUGCCAUUCAGAUUCUCAGUAAUGGGGUUUUGCCCCUGUGGGCUGGAGUUGUUAUCACAGCUUCUGAUUGUUUCAUCUUCUUAUUUCUUGAGAACUAUGGAGUGAGGAAAUUAGAAGCUGUUUUUGCAGUUCUAAUCGCCACUAUGGCACUGUCGUUUGCAUGGAUGUUUGGGGACACCAAGCCCAGUGGAAAAGAACUUCUAACAGGUGUUUUGGUUCCGAAACUUAGCUCAAAAACAAUUCGGCAGGCUGUGGGAGUUGUGGGUUGUGUUAUAAUGCCUCACAAUGUAUUUUUGCAUUCUGCUCUGGUACAGUCGAGGAAGAUUGACUCCCAAAACAAAGGUCGGGUCCAGGAGGCACUCAACUACUAUUCCAUUGAGUCGUCAGUUGCCUUGCUCAUCUCCUUCAUGAUCAAUUUGUUUGUUACAACUGUUUUUGCGAAGGGAUUCUAUGGCACUAAACAAGCCAGCAGUAUAGGACUAGUUAAUGCAGGGCAGUAUCUUCAGGAAAAGUAUGGAGGAGGACUCCCAAUCCUUUAUAUCUGGGGCAUUGGGCUAUUGGCAGCUGGACAGAGUAGCACAAUAACUGGGACUUAUGCUGGGCAGUUUAUUAUGGGAGGUUUUCUCAAUCUUCGUUUGAAGAAAUGGCUGCGGGCAUUGAUCACUCGAAGUUUUGCUAUUGUGCCAACUAUAAUUGUAGCUUUAAUUUUUAAUACAUCUGAAGCUACAUUGGAUGUUUUAAAUGAAUGGCUUAAUGUGCUUCAGUCAAUUCAGAUACCAUUUGCGCUCAUUCCUCUUCUUACUUUGGUGUCUAAUGAGCAGGUCAUGGGAAUCUUUAGGAUUGGGCCUAUUCUUGAGCGGGUGGCAUGGACGGUAGCUGCUCUUGUAAUCGUGAUCAAUGGGUAUCUUCUGCUGGAUUUCUUUUUUUCGGAAGUUAAUGGAUUGCUCUUUGGUUCUGUGGUCUGCAUUAGCACAGCUGCAUAUGUAGCAUUUAUUAUUUAUCUCAUCUCACGUUGCGACGUCCUCCCUUCCCCUUGGUUUAGCCUAAUGCUCAGCAAGACAUUUGCCUGUGGCGAGAAUUAAGUGAAUGAAGUCCACAGAGAACUCCCAAAUUGUGCAGUAUUGUUGACUUCUUCUUCCAGAGGUCAAGUGUGCUUUCUUCAUAAAUAUUUCUAGCCUCAAACCAAACUUAGCAUACAGCAAAAGCUAAAAACAUUGGCAACUGCACUGGCAGCAAUGUUCAUAAUGGAGCAAAAGUGCUGACUUAUCAUAUGAGCUUCCUUCUGCAGCAUGAACAAAGGCAAUUUAUGGUAUUGCAGGAUAAAGAAACCCCUUCUUUCUUUCUCCAGUAUGAACAAUGCAUUUUUGAGAAUGUGCAGGAUGACUGGUCCUUAUUACACCCGUUGUAAACAAUCCAUGUACCAUAUGAGCUAGUUGGUUCCUGAUUCGACUUUAAUGAAUAAAUAGUCGAAAAAAAUUUGCAAUCCA